CUCUGUUCCUGAGUUGUUGUUGUUUAAAAUAAAAAAAAAAAAAAAAAAAAACGAAACAUUCUGGGAGUUACAGUUCUAGCGCUCCUCGGACCUCGCGAUGCAAGCAAGGGCGCUCUGCAGAGCACCGCCUGGCUCGAGUGCUGGGCCCUUGGCGACGAAGAAUUGAUGCUUUUGAACCGUGGUGUUGGAGAAGACUCUUGAGAGUCCCUUGGACUGCAAGGAGAUCAAACCAGUCAAGCCUAAAGGAAAUCAGUCCUGAAUAUUCACUGGAAGUACUGAUGCUAAAGCUGAAACUCCAAUAUUCUGGCCACCUGAUGCGAAGAACUGACUUAUUGGAAAAGAGCCUCAUGCUGGGAAAGAUUGAAGGCAGGAGGAGAAGGGGAGGACAGAGGAUGAGGUGGUUAGAUGGCAUCACCGACUCGAUGGACGUGAGUUUGAGCAAGCUCCGGGAGUUGGUGAUGGACAGGGAAGCCUGGCGUGCUGCAGUCCAUGGGGUCGCAAAAAGGAGUACGACACGACUGAGCGACUGAACUGAACUGGGCCUUUGGAAGGGAUUGGCCUGGGCUAAAGUAUCAAAAGACCCUAGGAUUGCAGAAGGUCAACAGUCUCCACUGGAGAAAAAAAUAUUGGUUCCUGGAGGUGGGCAGCAACUAGAAGCGGGGUGAAGCAGAAGGCAGACGAUCCCUGCAGAGCUGGCAUUACUGAAGAGUGACUGCUGAGCCAAGGGGGACCAGGUCCCUGCACUCUGUGGAGCUUGAAGGGAAUCAAAGGUGUUCUCAGUUGUGAAAGAGGAGAGUUUGGACAGCAGAACAAAAAAGGAAGAUAGCCCCCUGGAGCAGAUACCUUUGACACAGGAGGCCAGUUCAAACCCUUUGCAAAGGCCUUUGCCAAGUCUCUCCAUCUGCUCAGUCCCUGGAAGGUAGAUAGCCCCAGGAUGGAGCCUAGUCAGCCUUGGGGGCCAGACCAGGCAAGGAUAAAGCUAAAAACAGACAGCAUGGAAGAGAAGGUGUCUGACCAGCCGAAGCCAGUGGAACCUGUACAGAAGCUGCUCCCUCAGGUGGAUGAGGAGGACCUGCUGAAAGCCCAGAAGGGAGAGUGCUGGUGGAAGAUGUGGGUGAAGAAGCCAGUCACCUUUGAGGAUGUGGCAGUGACCUUCACCCAGGAAGAGUGGAAAUGUCUAGAUGCCAGUCAGAGGGUCCUCUACCAGGAUGUUAUAUCAGAGACUGUCAGAAACCUGAUGUCUGUGGAUGGAAUCUUUCUGUCUAAUCUAGAUCUGAUUGCCAAGCUUGAGCAAGAAGAGAAACAGUGGGAAGCAGAUCUCUGUUCCCCGAAUGGAGAAGGCUUUCAUUCAGAAGGCAAGAAGGAAGGAUGCCAAGAACAGAGUCAGAGUUUGGGAGAUGAAGGGACUGUUGAUGACAAGAAGGCCUCCCUUGCUCACAGAGGCUCAGGCCCAACCUCUCCUCCAGCUGGGUCCCCGGACAAGACGCCAGCAUUGCCAGAAUCCUGGGCUCGGCCAGCCUUUACCUGUCACACCUGUGGCAAGUGCUUCAGCAAGCGCUCCAGCCUCUACAACCACCAGCUUGUUCACAACAGCGCCCAGUGUGGGAAGUCCUUCCAGAACCCCAAGGACCUCAGCUCCGGCCGGCGCAAGCAACUCAGGGAGAGGCCCUUCCGUUGCUCGCUCUGUGGCAAGACCUACUGCGAUGCUUCUGGACUGAGCCGUCACCGCCGUGUCCAUCUGGGCUACCGGCCGCACGCGUGCCCCUUCUGUGGGAAAUGCUUCCGGGACCAGUCUGAGCUCAAACGCCACCAGAAGACGCACCAAGGCCAGAAGCUGGGGACUGGAAACCAGAAGCAUAUUGUGAGGACUCCGGAUACCAGAGCUGGAUUACAGGGGCCAGCAACAGGGAACCAUGCACCAGUGGCUGGGACCCAAGGACCCACACUUAAAACCAAGGGUCCCCAGACUGAGCCCCAGCCGUCAAUAGACGGUAAUCAGGCACCUGCCACCAAGAACCUGGUAACCACCGUGAGCGCUCAGGCCCCAGUUAUUACGGCCCCGGAGCCUGUGACCAGAACCCCAGGCCCAGAGCCUGUGACCAGAACCCUGGCAGCCAACAUGCGAGCCACCCGGCUGAAUACCAAGUCCAACUCUCACCCAGAGAAGCCUUCAAGACACAAGGUCUUCUCUUGCCCUCAUUGUCCCUUGACUUUUAGCAAGAAAACCCGUCUCUCCAGUCAUCAGAAGGUCCAUUUCACAGAGCAGUCCAACCGCUGCUUCCACUGUGGCAAGUCCUUCACUUUAUUCUCCGGGCUGAUCCGGCACCAGCAGACUCAUUGGAAGCAGAGGAUCUACUGUUGCCCUAUCUGCGACGUCUGCUUUGGGGAGAAAGAGGACCUUUUGGGUCACUGGGGGGGCUACAGAAGCAAGGGGCUGUUCCUGGGCAGUCCCCACAAGUGCUGGGCCAUCCUGGGUCAGUGGCUCGGCUUCUUUCCCAAUGCCUCUGCUGUGACAGGCAAGGAAAUGGAUCUUUCUCCUGGAUCUAGACCCUCAGGAAAGGGGAGGAAGGGAGAGGAAAAGGCACGCAGAAGAAAGAAAGCAGAGAAGGCAGUGAAGGUCUUGGAAGGGAAAUGAAUGGCCUGUCCGCCCGAGGUCUUUCUCUGUUUGGUUUUCCAGAGGAAUGACCUCCAGGGUAAGGAGACUGGGAUAGAGGAAGAGAGGUGAGGGGAUAGUGGAGGACAUACAGAAAGGAAAGGGGACAAGAAGUGGCACUUGGAAACUUGUAUUGUUAUUAAUUAGCACCUAGCUUGUUUCUUUGUGUCUGAUAGACCAUCAAGUAGUAAUUGUUCAAAAAGACAGUGGAUCUUCAAUAGGUAUGAAGAUGGGAGGGAAAGGAUGAGAGAAGGGGAAGUCUGAGGGGCCCAUCUGGAAGGGUGUGGAAGUAGAAGGGAGGUGUUUGAAAGCAGGCGUGUUGCUCCCUUCUCAUCCCUUGCUCCCCUGGCUCCUCGCUGAGCCGCCCAGGCAAGAUGGAGCUCUGGCCAGCACUCUAUGGGUUUCUCCCCAGCUCCUCACUCUGCAGGUCACUUGGCUCUCUCUUGGAUAUUGUGGACUUUUCCUGCACCUUCUCUUCAACCCUUCAUACUCCUCAGCUCUGCCUACCAGGGCUGAGAUCUUGGAAGAAAUGACCACCAUUUGCAAAGCUGAUGUGUUGUAAUUUGCAA